CGCCUGCAGACGCCAUGCUCCGCACGCUCCUCCUAGUCGCCUCCGCCGCCUCCGCCGCGGCGUUCGCUCCUUCCUUCGGAACCUCAGCUGUCUCUUCCCGAUCCAAUGCCAUCACUGGCAUGAAGAUGCAGUCUGUCCUCUCCAACAGGGCCGGCAAGUCCAAGGCCAUGCCCUUCUUGUCCCAGCCCGAGAAGCUCGACGGCUCCAUGCCCGGCGACGUUGGCUUCGACCCGCUCGGAAUCUCCACCUACUUUGACCUCAAGUGGAUGCGCGAGGCUGAGCUCAAGCACGGACGCAUCUGCAUGCUUGCCUGGACUGGAUGCCUCGUCCAGGAGGUGAUCCACCUUCCCGGAGAGGCCUUCUCCAAGAAGCUCGCUCUUGAUGCCUGGGCCUCCGCUCCCCGUGGAGGAAUGAUCUCCAUCCUCGUCGCUAUUGGCUUGAUCGAGAUGAUCUCCAACAGGUUCCAGCUUACCGCCACUGACAUGUUCGCCAACCCUGCCCGUGUUCCUGGCGAUCUUGGCUUCGAUCCCCUCAGCCUUGGAAACAACCCUGCCACCCGUGCUAAGUACGAGCUCUCCGAGGUCAUCCACGGCCGUGCUGCCAUGAUGGGCUUCUCUGGCGUUAUCCACCAGAUGAUCGUCACCAAGCAGCCCAUCAUCUACUCCCUCCUUCACUGGAAGUCUGUCGACUCCUCUGCCUUCAAGCUCGGAGGAGCCGCUGCCAAGCUCGGAUACUAAAUUAUUCAUCUUUGUUGCGAGGAGAAGCAACUGUAGGACAAUAAAAAGUUGAUCAGUCAGAAA